UGGUGCAUUAUCCACUUGAAUAAAUAAGUCAAAAACACAGUACCUCAAAAGCUGUAAUGCGGCAUUCCAGAACAAAUGUUGCUAAGCAUUAGACAUCGAUAUUAACGAAUUUAGGGAACUGAAUAAAAUUGCACCACUACCAGAACAAAGUGCACCUCGUUGAAGGAGGUGGCUUUGUUCCGCAUAACUGAGUAUGAAAAAGAACAGGAAAAGAAAGCAGACCCUGUACCCUUCAGUGUAUGUAAUAUUCACUUCCUGUAUGUUAUAUUUAUUAUAAUACAUAGCUUAUCCAUCCAUCCAUUUUCUAUGCCGCUUCUCCUCUUUAGGGUCGCAGGGGUAUGCUGGAGCCUGUCCCAGCUGACUUCGGGCGACAGGCAUUGUACACCCUGGACUGGUCGCCAGCCAAUCGCAGGGCACAUAUAGACAAACAACCAUUCACACUCACAUUCAUACCUAUGGACAAUUUAGAGUCACCAAUUAACCUAACAUGCAUGUUUUUGGAUGUGGGAGGAAGCCGGAGUACCCGGAGAAAACCCACGCACACACGGGGAGAACAUGCAAACUCCACACAGAAUGCCCAAGGGAGAAUCGAAUCCAGGUCUUCCCGAUCUCCAGGCUACUGUAUUGGCCAACAUGCUAACCACGAGACCACCGUGCAGCCCAUACAUAGAUUAAUAUCUUUUAAAAUAGCAUUAACAUUGAACAUAAUUAGAAUUUCAUAUCAUUAGUUGUUAUUUAUUACAGUAAACUAAUUAAAAAAGUCAACACAUGCAAGGAGGGAUUCAUAUUAUUAUUCAAAUAUAUUGUAUUUUAAAGUUUAUUUAUUUGUAAAAAUAAAGGCCUCCACUCUAACAAACGCAUAACCUCUAAUUGGUAUCUAGUGGUGGACUAAGGCUUUUGUAUACAAACUUACAUUUACAUACAUAUCAUUUUACUAUGCAAAUAUCUGUGGCGGUCCCAUGAUGCUGUGUACCUUGUGUGUCAGUGAGGAUGUCGUUUGUUCCUCCCUUGUGUAAUUGUGUGCACGCGGGGUGAGCUCAGAGGGGAGCAAUGAGAGGUGAAAGGUCAUAUGACCCCGGAAAAUAUCACAAGAGCCCAAAGGACGGAUGUCAGGAUAAUAGAGGAGGGAAUGGUUAUUGAACAACUCAUCAUUUUUAUUGCUGCCGGAAGUCUUUGGCCACAUCAGGUGGGGUUCACACCAGGGCUGUCUUUGAGUAAGGAUUUUCAAAUCGAAUCUGAUUUGUAAGAUUUUGGUCAUAGUCGAUUAAUCGUCAAACAUUGUUUUUUUUGUUUUUAGAGCACAACAACAUACAACAACAGUACCUUGAUUUACUUAGUGACACGGAAAGCAAGAUGAACAAAACCAAAACACGGUGACUUUUGGCAAGUGAGCAUAUCACACAUCAGAAAAGCAUGGCAGCAUGGCUUGAAAAACAACAACUUGCCAAAACUCUGUUAGCAGCCUAAUUUAUUGACUUAAAAUCCACAGUUGGGAUACAGCCUUACCCAUUUUAAAUGAGACACCAUGUUGGUUGUUGUCGCAUGAAGAAGCUACUGACACAAGUUGCAUUUUACUUUCUUGGGGGUCAUCUUUCAGCUUUUCAAAAUACUGCCACACUUUUGUUGAUUUCUUUAGUAGCCGUUGUGAGACAAUAAGUCCGUCAAUGUUGACAGUCAUCCUAGUGCUCACCUUAGCGCCUUUGAAUUGUGCAACUGCAGCAGGUGAUUUUACUAAUACAUAGUAAGUAUAAGUCUUGUGUUUAAUGUUAAACACUCAUGGCAUUUUCAAUUCUUAGGCAAAUUGGUCUGAUUUUGUAUCAAAAUAGGCUCUGUAUAACAAAAACCAAAACAUUCUAUGUAAAAAUGUACGCGCAGCAGCAGCCGUGGGCACCCCUAUGUAGUCGGAAUGGUACAAUCUUGAUCACAUGACAUUUUCAUACAAUUCGACUGCGAGAUUGAUAGCCAAAUCGACCCCUCCGAAUCGAAUAGUCAAAUAUCCUAAGACACCCUUCACACAAAUUUGCAGUGGAAUCAAGCCGGGUGGUGUCAUGUGAUCAUCCAAUUGUGGAUGUUUUCCUAUCAUAAUUCAUGGAUAGACUGUAGAUUAGAUACCAGUAAAUUCAUUUUGAAUACACAGACAAAUGGUGUGCUGUGAAUAUAUGAGAUAUCAUCAAAUAUGAGAUAUUUCAUAACAUUCUAAAUGAAUGGGAAAAUCCUCCUCCAUCCUGCAGCCUACCUCCAUUACCUCAUUUUCCUCUCAUUUCUCCUCCUGCCUCUCACCUUCUCAUGUCCUUGUCUCCCAUGUGCCAUGAUCCACCCCCUCACCGCCUGCCAUGCCUCCCUUUACCUGCUUUGCUCAGGGAGCCCUGCCCCCACUUAUUGUCUUCUCCGCCAUGCAGUCCCUCAAAUUAAUGUAGAGAUAUUGACAAGUGACUGGCCUAGGAGGCAUUGAUCAUCAGUAUAGGGAGAGAGGAGAAGAGAUGCUGGGGUGACGCAAGCGCUGCUUCUGGGUGCAACGCGUUACACACCGUUAGCCCGCAGUUUAAAUGACUGUAAUCAUCCAGAGAAAGUCGACACUCCUUCAUCAGUUGAUUUACCUCCUUUGGAUUGUCCUCCAUGAUUCAGAGAGCAGCAGAGAUGAGGGCAAAACAGUGAGGAAAAUGACAGAAACACACGUUUAGCAUAAAUUAGGCAGACAAGUAUAACACGGGGCAGCCUCUGUGCCGCACUCCAUCCAAUGUAAAGGGGUUAAGGUGCUGCUAACAAUGUGCAAAGGGCCAGUUGGUCAAUACGCCAAUUACAUAGAUGAGGGUAUAGAAACGGCAAAUGAUAGCCAAUCAGUGAAGUGCUUUUACUGUCUUCUAGCAAGCGCUGACCCCCUGACCCCAUUUCAUGACCCUCAGGCCAAAGGUCAGCGAGGCAAGGGUCAGAGGGCAUUGCCAUGUGCUGGCCAGAGAGGGGUUGUCAUGGUUACAGCACUGGCCGAAAAAACGUCAAGGUGUUCAGCUCCGCAGACGAGAGGUCACUGAUGUUGCACUUGUGAUGCUAGACUCAUGUCAACCACCGUUCAUUCAAAACUACUUAUGAUGAUAAUAGAUUAUUUAAGGUCGUGGAAUAUUUUCACUUUUAUUUGAAUAAUUACCAUUCAUUGAUUAAGCUAAAUGGGAUCUCCUGUAGAGUGUCCUAACCUGCAAUGCAGUCCGAUUUUUUUUAUAUCAAAUUUAAGUAAUUCCAGUCUGUUAAUAAAUUGGCUUCAAUUUUUUUAGACACAUUUUUAGUUUAAAGUUAAUAGCUCAGGUAAAAAAAAAGUUGGAUCCCAAAAGACAUUAAGGAAAUAAUUUACUUAAAAACCAGUAUCUUAUAUUGAAAUGAAAUAUAAAACAUCAAAUUUUGAGAUUGUUUUUUUGUAUCAGUUGAUUUUGUAUGUGCUUCACUAUUAAAGCAGUGCCGCUGAUGUAUAUAACACAUUUUUCACAAUUUUUAAUUAAAAUACUUUCUAAACUUUUUGCCAUACACUAUAUUCAUCCAGAUAUUUUAUUAUUUUUUUGUAAAUUGUUUUUAACAAAUGUAAAAUGCAUGAGUCCCUGAAAAUCUCUGUAAAAUUAGCAUUAUUCCACAUUAUUCAAUUGCACAACAAAACUUUUGAAAUAUUCUUUUUCUCAGUUUACUUCUGGGAAUGUUUCCACCUUUUUGUUUGUUGAAUGAUAUUACUUAUUGUAAUUGUCUUUAUGUGGAUUUGCACCACCUUGUGGGUGUUAUGCCCAUUGGAUAAAGAGGUUUAUUUCUGUUUCAUUGUCUUUGCGGUUGAAAUAUAGAGCUAUUAAUGGACUAUUGAGAUGUUCCAAGGGAGGAAAAAUGAAAGGAAAAUAUUCAUGUCUUAUUUUAUUCCUCCAUCUCCAUCAUGCCUGUGUGUGUUUAUCUUUGCUGGUUUGCAUUUAAAAUGAAUUUUCACCGUGGGUCACAUCAAAAUUAUGGUUGGCCUCAGAGUGACGCCUGUAACUAUGAAACCAUAAAAACGCCUCAUGACAUUAUUACACAUUUGAUUAUUAUCAUUUUCAUUUUCUUUUACUAACAAACUUGAAAUCAGAAGUGAAGGUGCCAAGCAGAAAUUUGAGUACAGUAUGCAACUUUGUAUAGUUCAUUUUAAAUGGGGCUUGGCAACAGAAAAAAUAAAAACCUCCAAUAGCAUGGCAUACAAAUUUUCUGUCACAAUUGACAGAACAAAUACAUUUAACAACAAAGAUUAAGUGUCUUUUUGACAUGCAUUAUUUCUAGGCUUUUGCAGGCCGCAUAAAACGAUAUAGCAGGCCGAAUCUGGCCCCCGGGCCUUGAGUUUGACACCUGUCAUGUAAAGGCAUACACCUCCCUCCCGUUACUUCCUGUAGCAGAAGCCCUGAAGCAAAAACAUCAAUCCAUACUGUACCAUAACCAUUCCAUACCAUCUACCAGCAGAGAGCACUGAAGCUCACACCAUAUAUUUUUUUACGUCUUUGUGAGAUCUUUGACCUCUCCUUAUCAUGGAAGACUUUGAUAUUAUAUCGUGUUGAGCGUUUCAAUCAUUUACAUUUGUGGUGUUAUGUUCCCUUUUAGUAGCGCAUGGUAGAAAUGUAAUGUCAGUGUGCGAAGCACAUCUGCAGUAGUAAAAAUGAGUCUGUAAACUGUCACAUGUUGCCGGAGAGUACAGCCUGUCAGUGUAUGUCCUGUAUGCAGACCUUUUUACAUAAUUUUCCUUUAAUUGAAAAUAAUUAUUUUAUUUCAUUAAUUGAUGAGUUUUGCAUCUAAAAUGUCAAAUGAAAAAUGUAGCGAUUUCGACGAAGUCACUUCUUUUCUGGGUGACUAUGGACGCUUUCAAAUUCUAAUCAUUGUUUUGCUGAGUUUAAGUGCAAUCCCAUGCGGUUACAUGGGAUUCCUGGCUGUAUUUAUCACGGACACCCCGGCACACCACUGCAAGGUCUGGGUCAACUCCACGCCUUAUGACUCACACGGAGUGACUUCUUUCCCAGAGCAGAGCAGCGGGGCCGGAACACCUGACAGCUGCUCUCGGUACCAAGUGCAGGAUGCAAACUGGACUGAUACUGUCAAACUGAGCAAUGGCACAGAUCUAUGUUUGGAUGGAUGGGUCUUCAGCACUGAGAGAUACACCAUUGUGUCUGAGUGGGAACUGGUGUGUGAGAAUGCAUGGAAGGUUCCUUUUUCCACUUCUGUGUUCUUUGUCGGAGUCCUGUUUGGAGCCCUCUUCAGUGGUCAGCUGUCAGACAGGUUUGGCAGAAAGCUUGUGCUUUAUGCCACCAUUGCGUUACACUCCGUCACCGCCUUGAUCCAGGCCACCUCUGUCAACUGGCUCAUGUUCUGUGUUCUUAACUGCGUGAGAGGAAUGGGCCACGCGUCCAGUUACCUUGCAUCACUUGUUCUGGGAUCUGAGAUGCUCCGUCCGUCAGUCAGGGUGAGCUACACUCUCCUGGGCCACAGUCUCGGUUUUGGCCUUGGUUAUGCGUUGUUGCCACUCUUUGCCUACUUCUUACGAGGCUGGAGGUGGCUGCUGGUUGCUAGUGCCAUCCCAGGUCUCCUCUGGCUUCUUACUUGGAGGGUGAUUCCCGAGUCUCCUCGCUGGCUUUUGCUAAGAGGCCAGGUGGAGGAGGCUGAGAUGGUUCUACGGCGAGCUGCCAAACUCAACAAAAUCCAUGCACCCGAGGUUUUAUUCUUGACUGGUGAGGGUUCUGAACUAUUGCAAAAAACAGGGGAAAAAGAGCAGACAUAUUCAUACAUGGACUUGAUAAACACCGCUAACCUGAGGAACAUUACAGUCAUUGGUGUUUUCAUAUGGAUGGCAGUUGCCAUGGUGUUUUUUGGUCUCUCUCUCAAUACCAGCAACCUGAAUGGAAAUAUUUACCUCAAUUGCUUAAUAUCAGCAGCCAUUGACAUUGUGGCCUAUGUUUCCUCAUGGUUCUUGAUUAACAGAGCUCCGCGGCCCACUCUCCUCUUCUUCACGCUGAUGUUCUCUGGAGCAAUGUUGCUUGUCAUAAAGCUGAUUCCUGACGACAUGCAUGUCACAUUCCAAGUGUUGGUCCUUGUAGGGAAGACGGGGGUGUCUAUUGCCUACUGCUUUAUCUAUAUGUUUUUUGCUGAGUUAAUGCCCACUGUAGUCAGGAACACAGGCCUGGGGAUUUUGUCUUCAUUUGCACGGUUCGGCGCCAUCAUUUGUCCAUAUGUCAUCUACAUAGGAAUUUACAGCAAGAUUCUUCCCUAUAUUAUUUUUGGUUCAUUCAGCGUCAUGGCUGCUCUUUUAAGCUUGUUGCUUCCAGACACUAGAAACAGCAAACUUCCUGACCUUAUCAGCGAGGCCAAACCUAUUCGAAGCUGUUGCGCUCCAAAGAAAACACUGCCUGCAACCAUAAAAGCAACAUACAGCCAAGCAUGAUACAACAGCUCCCUCUGCUGAAAAAUAGCAUGUGUUUCAAACAAAGUCAUGUCUUGUCAAAAAAUGUUUGCGUUCAAAUGUUGUGACCUCUCUCCAUUGUCUUUAAUAAAUCAAAAUAUGGUUACCAAAUCCAUUGUUUAAAUCAAUCACUGUUUUUACGAUAUUUAUAUUAUUUAUAUUGAUAGUUAUUCAUGAUUUGUUAUAUGCUGGCUCCUAUUAUAAUAUAGAAUUGAAAAGACUCCCCAAAUCUGUCGUUCUCCCGUACCACGAUUGAUUACUGUACUUUACGUUACGCUGUGAUGUUGUAAUAACGGUAUAAAUACUCUAGAGGGCAGCAUUUAGCUGUUGCAUCCGAAGAAGAAGCCUGACUUGCCAGCUGGAAGGUCAGUGUU